AUGCGACGAGCGCGCGAUGUGGUUGUCGUCGCGACGUUGCUUCUCGCGAUUGAUGUCGUCGUCGGCGAUUUGCCGGCAAGCGACGACAAUAUCGUCAGUGUCUACCGCCUUUUACCGAGAAACGAUACUCAGUUCCAGCUGAACUUCUGGAAGACUGCGAAGAACCUCAAUGGAUUUUGGGAUGUUAUGGUGGACAAAAAUGUCGGGGCCAGUCUUCUUCAACACCUCGACAAACAUGAAAUCGCUUAUUUAAAGACCGUCAACGAUGUGCAGAAACUAAUCGAAACAAAGGAAAAACGCGAAUGGCCACGAAGAUUGCACGACGACUCGUCCGCGCCGUUCUAUGAUUUCCACCGCUAUGGAUCCUACAGUCAAAUGGUUUCUUGGAUGCGCGCGCUGGCCAGGAAUGACCCACAACACGUGCAGUUCAUUUCCAUUGGCAUUUCACACGAGGGCAGGUCGAUUGAUGGUGUUGAGAUUGGAAGUCGAGAUCGGACAAAACGCAUCUUUUGGAUCGACGGCGGCAUCCAUGCAAGAGAAUGGGCGGCUCCACACACCGCGCUCUACUUCAUUCAUCAGUUGACGUCAAGACAUCAGACAGAUCCUAGCAUCAAAAAACUCUUGGAAGAGAUCACUUUCGUCAUUGUGCCGUGCGUAAAUCCUGAUGGUUACGAAUUUACGCGUUCUUCCACAAAUCCUCACAUUCGUUUGUGGAGAAAGAAUCGUUCGUCGAUGCAAUGUCGCAAAGAUAGUUGGGGUCGGAAUCGAUGUUGUCGAGGCGUUGAUCUCAACCGAAACUUUGACUUUCACUUUAAAGAAAGUGGCUCUAGUGACGAUCCCUGCUCGGAGAUCUAUCAAGGAACGGGCGCUUUUAGUGAGCCAGAAGCAAGAGCUGUUCGUGAUGCUAUCCUCUCAAGACGCUAUAAAGGGCGUGUAGAUGCCUUCAUCACUCUACAUACCUAUUCCCAGAUUUGGAUACAUCCUUAUGGACAUCGAAAGGACAGCUAUCCUGGCGAUAUUCAGGAACUGUACGAUGUAGGAAAGAAAGCGGCUAAAGCACUUCAAGAAGUCUACGGCACUAAAUAUGUGGUCGGAAGUGGAGCAGACACUCUGUACCCUGCAUCUGGUGGCAGCGAAGACUGGGCGAAACAUGCUGGAGGCGUGAAAUACGUUUACCUCCUUGAAUUGCGUCCAGAUGAGAAAAAUUGGGAUGGUUUCAUACUUGGCGAAUCGGAAUUGAUACCUACGGCAAAGGAAACAUGGGAAGGUGUCAAAGUUGUUGCAGCUGCUGUAUUGGAGCGUGUGCAACACAAAUCCGAAGCAAUCGCAAUCAAAGCAAUAUCAAAACUCUCCUUCAUCAUAUUGAGUGAACAGAUUAACAGAUUAGCGAAUAAAAUCGUCGCAAAAGCAAUUUUUCAAAGCAAUUUUUCAACUUCCUCAGUUUGCGGAGCUGAACAAGAAGCGCCAACAGCAAAGAGGUUCCGUUUCGGCGACGGCACCGAGGGUUCAUGCUACGAUCUACGCCACGCGUGUAAGCGUUGGGUGGCCGAACGUCCAGAAUUAUGUCGAACUGUGCCAAUCUUUAUGCGGGAAAAUUGCGCCUAUUCCUGUGGAAAGUGCUGA